AUGAGCAAUCAAGUCCAGCAGACCACAGUAGGCUUCAUAGCCAAAGAGAUCUUCGUGACCAGCGCUGGACUGGAGAUCGUAGAAAACUUUCUGGACGUGGCAGCCAUCUCUUUCUUCGCCGUCAUGGGCAUCGUCACCAACACCAUCAUCAUCAUCGUCUUCUCCACCCAGGGUUUCCAGGACAGCGUCAACAUCUCGCUGACCGCCAUGGCUAUCUGGGAACUGUUCAAGUGCAUUGUGGGGCUGGCCAUGCGCGUGUACGGCCCCCUGGGGUGGAUCUCCCCCGUCUACAGAAAGACCUGGAAGAACAUUUCAACGCCUACGUUGAACUACGUCCAGGUCUUCGCCAACUACGUCACCUACGUCAUGGCCGCCUACGUGGCCUUCGAGCGCUGCCUCUGCGUGGCCUUGCCCUUUAAGGUCAAGUCUAUUUUCGUCCCAAGACUCACCUUAGUAAUGAUGAUCUUGAUUUCGAUAGUCGUAAUCCUUUCGUUCGGGAUCAUCUUCUUCGUUUACGACAUCUACUGGAUAGUCGAUCCCAUUUACAACCAGUCCAUUAUCGUGUACACGAACAACGCCUUCUAUCGCAAGUACGGCUCUGGGGUAAUCGAAUACUUCACGUAUAUCGGAUUCUUGAAUCCAGUCUUCUGCUUUGUGGUGAUAUUCUUAUGCACUGUUGUCAUCUUCUACCAGCUUCACAAGAUGUCUAAAUUUCGAUCCAAAUCCAUUUACAAGGACAAGGAAAAAGAAAUGUCGUCGAGGGAGAAGCAAGCUGUUAAGAUGCUACUGGUUGUAAUCAUAGUCUACAUCCUGGCACUUCUGCCGAGGUUUCUGCUCCACGCGGGCAAGAUGGUGGAGCCGGAGUUCUACUACCUACGCGCGUACCACAACCUGUUUAACGUCUGCGCCUACAUCGUCAUGACAGUUGACUUCAUCAACGCCUCUGUUCAUCUUUUCAUCUAUUUGAAGAUGAGCACCAACUUCCGGCUGACUUUUUUCAACCUUUUCCCAUGGUGCAGACGACAAUAA